GUCAUUUACCCGUCCUCGUCUCGCUCUCGUUGUAGGAAUUAACUCAAUUUUAUUAUUAAUUUGUUGAAUUUGUUAUAAUUUACUCGAAUUGUUGAACAUUUUUAAUAUUCUAAUUUGAUCUUUACAUGUGUUGUGUGUUUUGAAUAACUGUCUAUUAUGAAUCUACAGUAUUAAGUAGUUUUGUCGAGAGUACAACAAUAACCUUUCGUCAUUGUAUGCGGGGUUAAUUACGUGAAAUUGUUUUAUCUAAGAACAUAACAGCUUCAAUCGUGAGUGGCAUGGCGAAGGAGGAAGAUGACGAUAAUUUGCCCGAUAAGGAUGCAGCAAAGGAGUUCUACGCGAAGUAUGAGCCUAAGGAAAUCAUAGGCAGAGGUAUCAGUUCUACUGUUAGACGGUGCAUAGAAAAGGAAACGGGUAAAGAGUAUGCGGCAAAGAUAAUAGACCUCAGUCAGGAGUCACAAGAUGGCGUCGACACCCACACCAUGCGUGACGCCACCCGCCAGGAGAUACAUAUCCUGAGGAUGGUGGCUGGACACCCUUAUAUUAUUGAACUGCAAGAUGUGUUUGAGUCUGAGACAUUCAUAUUCUUGGUCUUUGAACUGUGCAAGAAUGGAGAACUAUUUGACUACCUCACUUCUGUUGUCACCCUUUCAGAGAAAAAGACAAGAUAUAUCAUGAGGCAAGUGUUGGAAGGCGUACGGCACGUGCACAGCAAAAACAUAGUCCACAGAGACCUGAAACCUGAGAACAUCCUCCUUGAUGAUCAGCUCAACGUCAAGAUAACAGAUUUUGGGUUCGCCAAGGUGCUCAAGGAUGGUGAACGACUGUUCGAACUGUGCGGCACUCCUGGCUACCUCGCGCCUGAAACACUAAAGGCGAACAUGUUCGACGACGCGCCCGGCUACGGAAUGGAGGUAGAUAUUUGGGCGUGCGGUGUCAUCAUGUUUACCUUGUUAGUUGGUUGCCCUCCGUUCUGGCAUCGCAAGCAAAUGGUGAUGCUGCGGAACAUCAUGGAGGGGAAGUAUUCGUUCACAAGCCCCGAGUGGGUCGACAUAUCAGAAGAUCCCAAAGAUCUCAUCAGACGGUUGCUAGUAGUAGAUCCGAACGAAAGAAUCGGAAUACAGGAUGCUUUGAACCAUUCGUUCUUCAACACGUUGUUGUGGGACCAGGACAUGACGCCGCUCAAGAAAUCCCUCUCGAGUAGCAGUCGAAGGAUGUCUAGGAUCGACCAGUUGUCUAUGGCGUUGAAGCGCGGCGGGUUCAACGCGCGCGGCAAGUUCCGCGUGUACGUAGUGAGCGUGCUGGCGGCGGUGAGGCUGGCGCGCCUGCCGCACGCCGCCACCUCCGCGCUGCCGCUGCACGACGCGCUCAAGGACCCCUACACCAUGAGGCUGCUCCGGAAGGUUAUAGACGGAUGCGCGUUCCGCGUGUACGGCCACUGGGUGAAAAAGGGAGAGGGACAGAAUCGUGCCGCACUCUUCGAGAACACGCCCAAGACCGAGCUGAAGAGUCUCUACGUCAGCAACCUGAGUCGAUAGUCGCAUUCUCGCAGCUUAUGGGCUUAUUCCUUACCGUUUCUGCACCCCUGGUAGUUGGUUAGCAGAAUCCCGAAGAGAUGUCGCUGAGCGUUCCCGAGUUAACUCAAAACGCCCUUCCACGUGAAGCACAUAGGUUAGACGUAGUAAUUUAUUAGAAGUAAUAGUUCAAUUUUAUUACGACGUAUUAGAAACAUAAAUAAUGUACGACCGCUAUGAUAUAGCGGCGAUGUGUCACUACGUUUUAAUAACGUAAAUAUCUAUAUUUUUAGUAUUGAAACUCGUGACAUCGACGAAAUGGCAGUAGAUAUUUCGUGUUCGAUGUUAUUUAAUAGGAAACAAUUGCUUAGUGAACUUUUAGUUAAAAGAAAUGUAAUUCUUUCUCAGCACACUAAGGUCAACAAUAUGGAAGAAUAAGUAUGUUUUUUUUAUUCAUUUUAUUACCUUCUUAGUCUAUUUCUGAGGAAGUCCUUAACAUUAUUUUAUUGUAUAAUAAUGAAAUUAUGAAAUAUCGGUGUGUUGUUUGUGUAUGGAGUGAAUUUAUUAAAAGUCAAUAGUUUAAUAUUUCGAUUAAGUAAAUGCGUUCAUAGAAUCGGUUUGUUUUAGAAUUUAGUAAUUAUUAACCACAUAAUAUUUUUUAAGAAAUAAUCUUUGUCUGGAACAAUUUGUCAUUUAAACUGUUUACCAGUGAUCAGAUUAGAUAGAUUGAUUUUUGUGCUUGUAUAAUAAAUGUUUAUAGAAAGAAUAACAUGGAUAAGACCAUUUUUCCGAAAAAAAUAUUAACUCUAACUGCUAUUCAACAUAUUUUAUUAUGAUCAAAUGUUGAAGGAAUUUGAUAUAUUAAUGUAUAGAUUUCAGAUCAUCUGCCCCAAUCCAAUUUACCUGAUCCGAUCACUGAUUUUAGAUAAAAAGUACAUUAUGAGGCUUCCUUUAGGAACUACGAUAUUGGUCAUACGUGCUAUUGCAGCAAAUGUCUACUUUAAACCUAAAAAUAAUUGAUAGUAUAUUCCAAAAUGAAUUAACUGGAACCAGUGUAGUUUAAUUAUAGACAAUAUUCUCAUUGAUGCAGAGGCGAAACUGCUUAGCAAAUGUCUAUAAUGUGUUUCCACCUCAUGCUUGUUAAUGAAAAAAUAGACGGAGACAGAUAAUGGCAUAUUAGGCAGUAUAAGAAGUACUAAAACUUUUUUAGAAGAUUUACUUGGAAACUAUUUUAUUAUCAGAAAAAUUAUUACUGUACGUAUGUAAUUUCUUGGUUUCCCUGUAAUGAUAUUUGUUUUUUUUUUUUAUUACAAGAAGAAAUUUAAUACAGAGUGUUUAAGUAUUAAUGAAAUAGUUUUUACCUGGAUAAAUUAUAUAAAUUCACGUUUUAAUGUUAGUUUAUAUCUACAGACAUUGAGUGCAACAUGUGCCGGCACAGAUAAAACACGAGUAACAAUCUUUUAAACAGUGUCUAUUAACGAGUUUGUGGGAUUUUCUUAGGGUUGGAACAAAAGUAAAGGAACUUUAAAUAAUAUGAAUAUUUAAUGCUGUAAUAAUAAAUAUUUAACGCUCUAAUUACGGCGCAACUAAAAUUCAGAAACAAAAAUAAAUUAUGAAAUUUAGUAACAAUUAAUUCCCCAUGAAACGCCAGAAUUCUUGGUGCGCCAGUCAUGAUAUAAAUGUGUAUGUUUAGAGAUGUGAUAUUUUAAAUUAAAAUCGAUUUUGAAUAAUAGAUUAUUCAAUUGCGUAAAUUGGGUUAACUAGUCGCCUAAUUUAAAUAUAAUCAUUUUUCUAAUAAUCGUUUAGAAAUAAAAAUAAAUCCCUUAAUUUUGAUAGAUAUUAUAUUAUUGUUCAUGCAUCGAUGUUAACUUUAAUACACGCACAAACGCCAACAGGUACGGACUGUGUCCGGUUUAUCUGUGCGGUUCAUGUCUAUACGUUAUCUGUGGCUAUAUGCCACACAGUGUAAAUAAAGCGGUAUCUGUCUGUGAAUGAGCGCGAUCAAUGUUUAUAGAUGUAAACGAACCUUUAUCCCAGUGUCGUGACUUAAAAUUAAAUUAUGCAAGUACCUCAUUUUCUCCAAAGAAUUCUAUGUGCAUUACUAGAUAAACUGUCAAAAAUACAAAUUGCAAUAAAAAUCCGUUAAUAUUUCAAAAGUGUUUCUAGAUUUUUUUUCGGAAAUAAAAGAAAUAAAGAAAAAUAUAGUACGAUUUAUAACUUUCGCCACAGUUGACGCUUAAAAUUUACAGCCCAUAGCUCUGUUUUACCCACCCCACUCUUGAAUUUGGGGGAUAAGAAUUGUUGAAAAAGUGAGCUCCUCUAGGGUACGCGACGCCUCAUCUACUACUAUAUAUGGGCAAAUUAUCAGGAGCUUGGUGAGUAAAAUUUGAAUUUUCAGUACCUUCUGGCCAGCUUAUCGUGUAGUGACAUAGGAGUCUUUAUUUUUGUACUAAUUACUUUGAAAAAGUGUUUAUUACUAAUUAUAUUGACGGUGCCUUCUAUCAAUAAUAUAUUUCGGUGCAAUAAAUCUCCUUCGAAAAUACAUUUGAGUAGGUUUUUAUGAAAUGUACAUAUUUGACAUCUUAAAUUAUUAAAAUUAGAUAAAAAUAAAGUUUUCAAAUAUAUCUUUGAAAUUUCCGUGGAUACGGAACAGAUAUUUUCAAACAACAUUAACGUAGGGAAAUUCGAGUGAAAAGUAUAUUAUAUUUAGAGGUUGUCUUUAUUUAACGUAAUACUAACGAAUCGAUUAUCAGCUAUACACACCAAAUUUUACUUACUCUGGUAUAAAUAGGGCUAAUGGUAGCAAUUGUAUUGCUUUUAGUUUCAAUCCUGACAAACAGAUUUUUCAAGUAUAUAGGUAACUAAAAUAACUGAUGUAAACUUUUAAUAUUAUAUUAUACAUGAAUUUACAAAAAAAAAUAGUUUAGGAGAUGGUUCAAUUAAUAAGUAAUAUUUUUAUUUUGAUCACUCAGGUUGAUAAAUAAAAAAAAAAAUACUUCCAAGAUCAAUAAUAAUAAUGUUAUGAAAAAAAUUUAACCGACAUUCCGUUUCGAAUAAUUCCCCUUUUUAUUUUUUAAGUAUUUAAAAAUAUCAAUGGAAUUCAAAAUUAUUUACCUACCACAUUAAGUUCAUAGCUGACAACCACUUCGUUAGUGUAACGUUGAAAAUAGUGAUGUGAUGAAGUGCCAAGUGACUGUUUUUGUUAUUCGAAUACCUCUUCUGUUACUUGUGAAAAAAGAAUUGUGUCAAUACUAAGGUCUAUCGCAUAAAUUCCUUGAUAUAAACUUCAGGUUUGUUUUGACGUUUGAUUGAAUCUUUUUUAAUUGGUCGUACGCGCAACCAGUCGAAGUUUAUACGUAAUGCGAAAUCAAUUCUUGAUAAUAAUCCUUAGCGGUAAUUUAGACAUUAUUAAUCGUUAAGAACUUUAAAUUCUAAUUCGAUGCCAGUGGUAUGAGGUUGAAUUAGCUAAGCGUCACGAAGAUAUUAAUCCAAAUAAAGGAAAUCAAAACUACCACCAUAUAUUUUAUAUUUCAAUCACUUUAGUCGGAUCCAACUAUAUAUGGCGAUUGGUGAAUCUUCAUUUGCGCAAAGUAGAUCUACCAAUUCCGAUAGUGACCGAACGUACGAUUAAAGUUUAUAUGUUUUGAUUCAAUAACCAUAAGGUUAAGACAUAAAGAGAAGACCGUUUUGACAUCGUGGGAGGGGGUCAAUUUGAGCUUGAGC